GAGCUGGUGAUUAUUGUCGGCCAUGUCGCAGCGCUCAGGUGAUAUCGAGAUGCACGUCGAGACCAGCGCAUACCAGUCAUAUUCAGGGAACCAAACCCAAGUGUUUGGCCCAGAUUAUACCGCAAACUCAAAAAGACACCUGCACCUGGCCUUCCUCAACCUCGGCCUGCUCUGUAUCCUCCAAGCUCUCCUCAACAUCACUCUUAGGGUCCACCUGAACGGGCCCAGAGACUCCCCAGAGACGGCCUUUCCAAACCUGACCUGUGAGUCAGGUGGAUGGGGAUUUAAUAAAGACAGGCCAACAUGGUGUCACACAAGCUGGCAGAUGUUCAGCAGCGGUAGCUACUACGUCUCCAGAGUGCGGGGGAGCUGGAACACGGGCCGCACGGACUGCCUGGAGCGCGGGGCUCAGCUUGUCAUCGUCAACGACAAAGAGGAACUGGCCAUUGUGACGAGGCUGGCCAGAGAUCCCACAGCAGCGUGGAUCGGGAUGACUGACCUGAGGAAGGAGGGCUCGUGGCGCUGGUUGGAUGGAACAUUAGUUACCCUCGACAGACCCUACUGGGCCCCGGGGCAGCCCGACAACGCGGGCGGGGAGGACUGUGGAGAGAUCCACACUUUGGCUAACUUCAGCGGCUUCAACGACUACGACUGCUCCAUCCGGCUGAGGUGGAUCUGUGAGAAAAUACCCACGCCCCCGGAGUUCAGGGUGCUGGAGCGGAACGGAGCUUAAAUCUGGAUUGCUAUUGACAUGCAGAACAUGCCAAAGGCAUCAAGCCAUGUAGGAGUGUAGGAAGAGAGUUAUUGGUGUGGAAAUGAGCUGCAACACGGCAAAAUAACCAAUUUGUUGUUUCCCUUUACAUAAAUAAAGACAUUUUCACAAUCAAUGGAUGCAGAAAAGGCAUACAUCUGUGCAGUGUUUUAUGGUCAAGAUUCCCUGGGGAAGGACCCCCGGACCACCCACUUCAUCUGAACCCAUCCCCUCCAGUAUCAGACUGCCUCCUGCAACUCGCCCUGCCCCGGAUGCAAGGGUCUUAAACCUUGCCUCGGGAACCAAAUUGGUCAGGGCCGGCCUUGCCACAGGCUAUAAGAGAUCAGCAAUUUAAAAUAACAAUUUGAUGAAACAUGUUUGUGUUUGUUUUUGAGGAAUUUGAUGAAUUUGCUGUUGUAGGACCAUGUGGAUGUUCUGCCCACAGCUCAUCACCAAGCAACAAUGACCACAUAGCAUAAUAAUAUCAGGGGUAAAGCAAUAAACUGCCUUACCCCUGAUGGUCAAUUGUAAUGAUAUGUGCUCAAGACACCGAAAAUAAUGUUAUGACUUAGUGUAACUUGAGAUCUUUAAAUCAUUAUAUUAACCAAACAUUCUGGGCAUUCAAAUUAUGAAGAUAUCAUACCAGCACCCAACUUAACAUGUGGUCUCUUUAAUGCACGAUUUCAAUGAUCUACAUCAAUAGUUUUGUGUAGGUCCAUUUUGGGCAAUAAUAAUUUAUGCACACAUUUAAACAUUGUACUAUUUCUGAGUCAUGGCUGACUGUCUUCUUAAAUGAUGAUUGUUGAAAUCAAAGGGAUGCUGUCACACUCUCUAUUUUCUAAAAUGAGAGUACUGCUUCAUACAUGUGGAACCAAACCUGCAGUCUGCAACAUCAACUCUCAAGGUUGGACCUUUGCCGUUAUUGGUCCGGGAUAUGCGUUUUCCAUUUGUAAGAGUUAUGACAAUGAUAUCAAUGUUCCAAUUUACUGGAUUUCUUUGAAUUAUUUGCUGAAUCAGAGUUGAUGCUGCAUAUGUCCAUUAUUUCACAAGAGCCAGCUUAGACAAUUUAUUUUAGUUACACAUUUUGUCAUAUUUGACAAUCAAUACUUGAAAUGCUCUGAAUAAAUGACUAAAGGGUCAUGAAUCUAUG